AUGGCCUCUGACGCCCUGUCCCAACCCAAAACCCUCCUAGCCGCCGCCCCAACCCUCCGCGCUCAACUCAGCAACACCGAGCGCCUCCAACUCAGCGGUCUAGCCGAAGCGCUUAGGAACGAAUUGGAAAGACCAGAUGAAGCUGUCUUCCGGGUGACGUUUAAUGAGUCUGGUCAUUAUCUCGCUAUUCGACUCGCUUUGCAGUGGGGAGUUUUCGAGGCGUUGGGUGAUGUUGGUGAGAAGGGCGUGUCGUGUGAGCGGAUUGCUGAGGGUGCGGGGGCGGAUGCAAGAUUGGUUGCACGCUUCCUACGCCAUCUAGCAGCAAACGGCACGAUCCGUGAAGUCGAUGUCGAUACCUACGCGAGCACUCGCCUCUCAGCUUCUUUGAGACAAAAGUCGUUUAAAGAUGCUAUACACUUCAUGUUCGACGACUUCUACAACGAGGUGCUACUUGUUGACAUCGGAGGCGGCGAUGCGGGUGAUUUAGGCCUGUUGAGAGAAGCGCUUGGAGGAGAUGUUAAGGGCCGGCUUGUGCUCCAGGAGUUGGAGCAUAUUGUCGAUAGGAGCGAGCAAGAUGGUUUUGAAGCACAUGUGGGGGAUUGGAAUGAGGUUCAGCCGAUUAAAGGUGCGAGAGCAUAUAUGCUCCAACACGUCCUCCAUGACUUCAGUAGCGAUGACUCAUGCCGACGCAUCCUGCGCAAUAUCGUCCUCGCUAUGAAGCCCGGUUACUCCACGCUUCUCAUCAAAGAGCUUCUCAUACCCGAUCGAAACGCACCGUGGGCAUUUACGGCCAUGGAUGUCAACGUCAUGCAAUCGCUUUCAGGUCAAGAGCGAACUGAGUCGCAGUUUCGCGAAUUACUCGAGUCGGUGGGACUCAAGAUUGAGGGUAUCUGGAGUCAUGAGAACGCGUUGGACGUGGUUAUUGAAGCCUCUCUGCCGUAA